AGUUAGUUAUCAACUUGAACUUUCAUUUCAUUCAAAUUUUUUUCGAAAUUUCAAGCAUUUCAUGUUUAGUGUAGGUACAUCUAAAACUUUUUGUAAUUUUCAGAGAUUUUUACAAGUUUUAUGAUAUUAUGUACCUAUACUUCGUGUGAUUUUGUAAGUUUUAGCGUUAUAAUGAGAUGACAUUUUUUACUCAAUUUUAGCUUACAGCUGUGGCGGAAAUGAAACGAGCUUUUAGUACGGCCGACUGUUCAGCGUUAUGUUCUAAAUUAGAAGAAUUACGAUUAGAACAUGAUCGUGGUAUUGAGACUCGUUCAAGCAAGGGAUUUGGAGAUCGUUAUGAUUCGGUUCUAGCGAAACUGCGAGGGACUCCCGGCGAAGAAAUCGCUCCUGGAUUGAUUCUGCGUCAUGUUGUAGAUUUCAUAUUCAACGAAUUCGGUGUUGAUUUAUUAGAUGAAUCGCGAAUCAAUGAUAUUUCAACUUUCGGGUUUUGUUAUAAAUUCAGAGAAGAGUGGUUGAAAAACGAGUACUUGUUCAGUGUAAUGGUGAUCAGGGACUGCUUACUUGAUUUUAAUAUAGCCGUCGCACGUCGUUACAUCGGUCAGCCAAAUUCCAACGAGCCGAAAAGAAAAAAAGCUAGUCCGAUAUUCGCACAUGUGUUUGUUCCCAGUACCAAGUUACCCUCGUUUAAAGCAUCCGAACGUGAUACAGAUGUAGAAAAAUUUACGGCCUUGAUCGAGGCAAUUAUUGGAAAAUGUCGAAAAUUAUGGACUCUGAAACAAGAAUGGUCGCAAGGGUCAUCGGAUUCUGAAUCAACCUCCAGCUCAACAGAUGAUGAAGAUGACACGUCCGAUGAAGAUGAAGAGGAUUAAGAUGGAGGUUCAUAUUUCUUUUCUUUUUUUUUGAAAUGUUUUCAUUUUCAUUUUUCUUACUUUCCUAUUUUCAAAUGUUUUGAAUGACGUGUGUUUUUGUGUUGAAAUAAAGUCAGAUUUUAAUUUUCCAA